AUGUUCUCCCGGCGUUUCGAUGCAUCCUCUUUCAGCAAAAGCUUCUCGAAAUCCACCAGACAUUCGAGGUCAACCUCCUUCAGCGUGAAGGAUGCUGGCGUCUCAAAGCGGCGGCCUUCUGAAUCACGCCGUCGUCCUGGCACCUCCUCCGGGUCUGUUGCUGACUCGUCUGAUGUGACCUUGGACAACGUCAUCUCCCCUAUUGUCACCCUUAUCGUCGGCCCCGACCAGCGGAUCUUUGCCGCGCACGAGAAUGUCCUCGCUAAGUCUCCUUUCUUCCAGAGCAUCCUGCAGAACCAGUUGCUGGAGGCUCAAACGAAGAAGAUCCUACUUCCUGACGAAGAGCCUGAAGUAUUCUCUGCUGUGCUCGAGUACCUUUACAAGGGUGAAUACUACCCUCGACUUAUCUUCAACAAGAAACGGAACACAUGGGAGCUGGAGCAGGAAGCUGAUGGUGGCCGUGCCGAAGCCACCAUCCACCAUCAUGAGGUUGAGGGAGAACUUCUCAAGGAUACAGCCAUCUAUUGUGCAGCUGAAAAGUAUGGCCUGGAGGAGCUGAAGAGGAUUGCUCUACGGAAGCAAGGGCUUCAAUGUGGCAUCCAAGCCAGUACCAUCCUGACCUCGGCUCGCUACGCCUACGCCCACACCCCCGAUACCGACUCCAAGCUGCGUGCUCACUACCUCGCGCUCAUCAUUCGCAGCCGCAAUACCUUCAAGCGCAGCGGCACGAUGCAGCUGGAGAUGUUUAACGGUGGCACUCAGCUGUUUUUCGAUCUGUUUGUUGCCUUGUGCAACCAUGUGGACGAUAUCUCCGCUGCCGCCAGCUCGCCUAGGAGCCCUCGCAGCGGCCGCGUUUUCUGA